AAACCAACAAGAUGUUGUUCGAGGCGUUCCCCUCCUCCACGCAACCUUCUCCCCUCCAGAUCCAGGAUUGCCGGGCUCCUUGACUCGUUACCUCGCGCGCCCUCGGUGAGCUACUUUGUUUCGAUUUAGCGACAAAUCAGUUUGCUUCAUGUUGCGCAGGCUUAGAUCUGAAUGCCGGAUUCUUCGUCUUACGGCUUGAAUCGAGCUGGGAGGCUGUGGAUCUGAGCACGGGAGGUACAACAAAUCCGCGUGUAUGACGAGUUGGAUCGGCACCGGUUAGUCUCUGACCGCAAGAUUUUGUUGUUGUGUUGGGCUGAUCUGCCGCGUUGUUUUGCUUCAGGUUCUAGAGCUAGCGAAAUCGCAAGGCUAUUAGGGUUCCUUUCGGAGCGCGUCUGAAGCGAUGAUGGCUGAAGUCGGCGGUGGGAUCGGGAUCUUCUCUGCCCUGCUCCACUCGGGAUGAUGAAUCUGCUGCGCUGAUAAUUAUUGGAUGAAUUUCGAUAAUUAUUAGAUCUAAGAGAUGCGCCGACUUGAAGAGGCGAGGUAAGGUGCAACAUGUAUAAGACGUGACAUGCUAUAGAGGCCUUUGCCAUGGUGGGUGCGCUCGCAUGGCAGGCCACGGUAAUAAAAGAAGAUAUUUUUGUGUCCUGGGGGUGGAGAUCGCACGGGGGAUUGUUUUUUGGCCCCGGGUUCUCCUCCCUCGUGGUGUUCCGUGUCCCUAUGUGCAUUGGUCUUUGCGUGGUUUGCGAUCUCAGCUCACCUACACGCUUCGGAUUUCUGCAUCUAACACGGAGAUCUACAACAAAAACAAACAUGGAGCUACAACGAGAUUCUUAAGGUACAAUCGUUAAUUUACUGUAACAAUUAAGUUUCUUUUCUCAUCUCUGACGCCACACUUGUAUCCUUAUGUUCUCUCUCUGCACAUUCAAAGAAACCGUUAAACCCCCAUGAAUAAUGACAUUCGACGUCCACUUUGCCCAGCUGUGUUGAAUUUAAUAGUUCAACAAUUUCAGACUCCCAUGAACUCAGUGAAACAAGCGUUACUGAUGUCCUAAGUGAAAUUUUAUGUCGCACUUAAGAUGGCGCUGCGUCUUUAUUUCGUUGUAUAUUUUAUUUUCAACAACUCCAAUCUGAUUAUGUCGUGGCAUUUCAUUUGUAUUUAUCAUGUCAAUUGGGAUAUUUGGUCCUUGUAAGCUUUUGGCAUGUUUGUUAGUUAAGCCAUUGCAAUUGUUGGACUUGUGGAGGGUUGCAAAAUCGCAGUGAUUCUACUAUUCAUCAUGUCAUCAUGUGAAAUCUUCUACCACGGAGCACGUCAAUCGUGGCUGGGCUGAUGGACGACUGUGCUGAUGGAACUGAUUCGUUACGUGGGUUGAAGAUUUUGUGCCAAAUAUGCGAUCUGGUUGGUUACUCCGCCCUGCUGACGUUGUUUUAGCCCAGGUGUUUCUGCUGCUCAUUCCUUGCAUUUUUUAUGGCACUGUACAUACAAUUGGACAACCUAAUUUUUGGCAGUUCAACUCAUUUAGAAGUUAGAAGGGUUUGAGAAACAUUCUCCCCUAGAAAUACAUGGAGGUGUAUCUGAUGAUUGUUUUUUUUGUUACAAAGUUUCCUAGUUUAAUUUGUAUGAUAUUCUGGAA